GCACGCUGUCGUCCAGGAGCCACCCGCGACCGAGCCAACGGUCUGCCGUUUGCUUCAGUACCGUUUUCUUCGCACGCACGCCCAGGCUCGGAACGAACGCUCCCUGGGCCUCCCGCAAUCGGCCAAAGUUUUGCCAAGCGCGUACCCCGCCCGCGUUCCGUGCUGCAGCAAACCCGCACCCCGUACACCACCUUCCUUUCCUCCUUUCCCGUCCCUUCCCUACCACCCGCUCGACAUUCCUCAUUCAUCCGAACGCACGGUGGAAAUACACACACGCACACGCACGCACGCACACCAUACCCUUCCCGUGCUGUAUUUGUUGUGCUCCGUGUCGACCCCGCGUGUGUUUGUUUUCCUUUACCCAGCCAGCCAGCCAGCGUCCCGUGUGUGUGUGUGUGCUUGUCGGUGAGCGUUUCAUUAUUUUUUUGUGAAUGAAAAUGUGUUACGAUUUUCCCGCUGGCGCUCGGUAGUUGUCGGUCCCGCAACCCACUCUCAUCCCAAACCCACUCUCGCGUGUGUGUGUGUGUGUAUGUGCGGCUGGUUUUAAUUAUUAGCCCCGUUCUUCCCCGUACCCUGUCAAAAAAAAGAAAAACACACCCGUCUGCCCAAGCGCCCCAGUGACUAGGGGUGGUCGGUCGCGGGGUGGUCACCUGGGCACGGCCGCGAAAUUCGCCCUCGUUUUAUCAAUCCGCCCAUCCGUGCGCGCCCGCACUUGUGUCUCUGUGUGCGUGCGUGUGUGAGCGAACCGAGAUGACACACCUGGCGCUGGCGGUGGCGGUGGUGACGGUGCUGCUGGCCGGUCGCACCUUCGCCUUCAACCUCGAGACGCGCCACAUGCUGGAGAAGCAGGGCCAGCCCGGUUCCUACUUUGGCUACUCGGUCGCCGGCCACAGCCAGCGGGUCGGUGGUGGCGGUGCCGGCGGACGCAACGGGGCCGGAAAUGCAACGCACUGGAUGCUGGUGGGCGCACCGCUCGGGCAGAAUCUGCAGCCCGGCUCGAACCACUCGGGCGCCCUGUUCCGGUGUCCGAUUACGCUGGCGCAGGACGACUGCACGCAGGUCAUCACCGAUGGUCACCGGUCACCCACCGGGAAGUAUCUUCCCUUUCGCCAAGCGUACAGUAAGUCGGACGAUUUCGACGACGACGAGCUGCUGGGCGACGGGGAGUCCCGCCUGGAGCCGCCCGGUGUGGACGAAAUCAAGAACAACCAGUGGCUGGGCGUGACGGUCGAAACGGGCGGCCAAGAGAACAAGAUCUUUGUGUGCGCGCAUCGGUACAUUAAAAUCAACAACCCGCAGUCGCUGGCGUACACCGCGGCCGGGCCCGGCUCGCCCGGCCUGUACCUCGGCCAGGGCGUCUGCUACGUGCUGAACGAGGACUUUUCGUUCGGCUUCGCGGUCGAGGUGUGCCGGGGCCGGUCGAUCGAGCGCGAGCACCAGCAGUACGCGUUCUGCCAGUCGGGCACGUCCGGCGCGGUGCUGCCGGACGGUACCGCGCUGAUCGGGACGCCCGGCGCCAUGACCUGGAAGGGCACGCUGUUUAACGUCGCGAUCGAGGGCGGCUUCCUGUCGCGCGACAAGUUCCAGUACUUUGCGCCGCACGACAACCUGCACUCGCCGGUGCCGAACUACAGCUACCUCGGCAUGGCCGUCACCGGCGGCCGCUUCUUCGGCGAGUACAUGGCGUACGCGGGCGGGGCGCCGCGCGCCGCCCAGGGCAACGGGGAGGUCGUGAUCUUUACCAACCGGAAGAAGCGCAACCCGUUCGACCAUGUCGUGUCGCUGCGGGGCGAACAGUUCGGGUCCGGCUUUGGCAGUACGCUCGCGUCGGCCGACAUCAACGGUGAUGGCCGGCUAGACUUGCUGGUGGGCGCCCCGAACUACUUCAACCGUACCGACGGGGGCGCGGUGUACGUCUACCUGAACCGGGGCACCAGCUUCGGGCCCGAGUACGACCAGCGGCUAACCGGGCGGCUCGAGUCGCGGUUCGGCACCGCCAUCGCCAACUGUGGCGACCUCAACCACGACGGGCUGGACGAUGUGGCGAUCGGGGCACCGUACGAGUCGGGCGGCAGUGGCCGGGUGUACAUCCACUUCGGCACGCCCGACGGGGCCCUGUCGCCCGAGCCGGUGCAGACGAUCGAUCCGUCCGAGCUGUUCGCGACGCCGUGGCGCACCUUUGGCAGCUCGCUCGACGGUGGGCACGAUCUGGACGGCAACUCCUAUCCCGACCUGAUCAUCGGCUCGUACGCGAGCGAUCGGGUCGUGGCGCUGCUCGCCCGUCCCAUCAUCAACAUACGCACGUACGAGGAGCAGCAGGCGGGCGAGCCGGGCUCGAUCGAUCCGACCCGUGUCGGCUGCCCGUCCGAUCCGACCGCAAACGUCACGUGCUUCAGCUUCCGGGCGUGCAGUGCGGUGGACGAUGCGUCCCUGAGCGAGGGCGACGUGUCGGCGGACUCGUUCCUGCAGCUGCGCUGCACCAUCCAGGCGGAAACGUUUCUGAACAAGUUUUCGCGCGUGUACUUCGGCACCGGCGGUGGGCCGGGCGCGGAAAAGACCCCCGCUGUGCCGGGUACGGCCGCGACGCGCACCAACAUACUGAAGCGCCGGUUCCGGCUGGCGGUGAGCGGCAGACCGGUGUGCCACGAUGUGACGGCGUACCUGAAGGAGGGCACGCGCGACAUACAGAACCCGAUCCAGUUCCGCAUCAGCUACACGCUCGACGAGGAGCGUGCGAAUGGUGGGACCGGUGCCGGUGGACGCCGCGGUCGAAAGGAGCGGGAGCUGCCCCGGCUGGAACCGAUCCUGAACCGGACGGCGGCAGAGCGCACGUACACCAUGCCGUUCCAGAAGGACUGCGGUGUGGACGGGCUGUGCCAGUCUGCCCUGGUCAUCCAGAACGCGACGCUGGUGGGGCUGGCCCGGAGCGGUGGCGCCGCCGGUGGCGAGUACCAGCUGGUGCUGGGGCUCGACCGGACGCUGACGCUCGCCCUGACGGUACUGAAUCGGGCCGAUUCGGCGUACGAAACGCAUCUGUACGUGCGGCACGAUGCUUCCCUCACGUACGCCGGCUCGAAGGGCUCGUCGGUGUGCGGUGCGCACAACGCAACGAUGGUCGACUGCAGCAUCGGCAACCCGCUGAAGCGGAACGGUGAGGUGCAGCUGUCGCUGCGGUUCGAUGCCCGCUCGCUCGAGGAGUACGGGUCGAGCAAGGGCCCGAACGGUCUCUCGCAGCACGUGGCGCUGGCCGUGUUCGUCAACACCACGUCGCAGGACACGGGCAAUAGGACGCGGGUGCAGCUGAACUUGCGCAUUCAGCGCGCGGUCAAGCUGAGCAUCAGCGGCAAGGCGCUGCCGGAGCAGGUGUUUUACGGCGGGGGCGGCGAGCAGAUUAUGGGCGAGAGUGCGAUCCACUCGCUGGACGAGAUCGGUAUGCCGGUGCAGCACAAGUAUCAGAUCUACAACGACGGGCCGUGGCGUGCACCGAUGGUCCGGCUGGAGAUCGACUGGCCGCUGCAGGUGGCCAACAACAAGCCGCAGGGCAAGUGGCUGCUCUACCUCGACGCCCUGCCCGUGCUCGACAUGUCCGGCAUCAUGGGCGACGGGCGCAGCACCUGCGACGUCCUGCGCAAGGACGAACCGGACGGUGCCGUCGUCGCUGGGGGCGAUACCGUCCCGCUGGUAAACCCGCUCGGGUUGCCGAGCCGCACCGGGCCCAUCGCACCGCCCAGCCCGUUCACGGCGCUGCGCAGCGCCAACUACACCCGUGCGGGGCGCGUGCGCCGCGACCGAGCGAUGGUGCUGCGCCCGCAGGCCGGCGACGGCGCCGUCCAGAUGGACUGUGCCAGCCAAACCGCCAAGUGCGUGCGGAUCGUGUGCAAGAUACACGAUCUCGGGCCGAAAUCGCACGCCCUCGUCACCGUGACCGCGCGGCUCUGGAACGCCACGCUCGUGAGCGACUACGCGCAGGUCGACGUGGUGCGGAUCGGGUCGAGCGCCCGGUUCGUCGUCGAGGGCAUCGACGAGCUGCUCGACCAGGCGCACCAACCUGCCAGCCUGACCGUGCGCACGGAAGCGUUCCCGGAGAUGGGGCCGCCGAUCGUCGCGAUGGACGUGCCGUGGUGGAUCAUCCUCAUCGCCGCCAUCGCCGGGCUGCUGGUGCUGAUCGCGCUCACCUACCUGCUCUACCGGUGUGGGUUCUUCCGGCGCAAGCGGCACACCGGCGACGAUCCGACGCUGAGCGGCAAUCUCGAGCGGCGCCGCGACCCGUCCGGCGGCGGCGGCGGCACCUACGACGAGCUGAACGACACCAACGGCAGCGCGGGCGGUACGGCCGAGCGGAAACCGUUCCUUGGCCGGCGCUCCUAAGCGUGAAGAAACAGGGGGAAGGGUUCCUUCGGGACCCCGCACCACACUCCCCCGGACACAUUACUCCAGAGCAUUCAAUUGUGCCAUUUUCUUUCUGCUUCACCCGACACAUCUCCCUUCCCCGUUCGUUGCACUUUACACUGCGGGGAGAUGGGGAGAACGGGGGGAAGCUGUGAGCGUUUUGUUACUUAACGAGAAUGAGCCGUUUAACGUUUAAGUGUGUUAGGGGCGUUGUCUUCCAACCGUUACGGGACGAUGGUGCCGGGGACGUGACACGUUCCGAGGGUUCCGAUUUCGACUAUUCGACCUGUUCGAAUUGCCUUAUCCAAAAGGGAUACAGGGAGUAGGUGGGUUAAAUGGGGGAGUGCCAAUCAAUGUGCCACUCUUCCCCACCACUCACCUCCACCCCCCUUCCGUGGACUGUAGUAGCUAACUUAAGCGAGUAGGUUAAUUUGUUCGCGAGGACUUACCAAUUUAUGAUUACGAUAGACAGACUUAAGAAGCAAAUCGUUCGAUACUGCCCCGCGCAGUUAAGGAUGGGUAGCAGCAAAACAGCUAAAAAAGCGAGCAUAGAGGGAGUGGGCCAUUUUUAUAUACAUCUAUAUAUAUAUACGCACACUAGUAAAGUUUUAUGGCGCCGUUUUUAGUACCUUGCCAAACAUUUCGAAUAUAGGUAGGCCUUAGCUUAGCGUAGAGGGGUCGUGUGCGCGGAUAUACGCUUCACCACCCAACAAGCCGAUACUUUUUAGCUAUUUUUUUUUAAUAUUUUUUGGUUAAUUUCGUUCCCUCCACGGGCCGAGGUUACUUAGCGACUUAAAACUGUUUUGCAAACCACUGCAAGCGCAAGCGUAGGUAUACAAAUCCCCAUCCAUCCACCCAGUGUAUACGCGAUUUAUGAGGGCGAGGGCGUUAAAAAAACUGCGCCUUUUUCACAGACAGUUCGUCCAAUUGUUUGUUUUUUUUUUUAUUUUAGUUUUAUUUUGUCCCGCACAAUACACUGAGGAGACUGCCGGUGGGAGCAGCACGCUGGGUGCCAGUAUUAAUAAGAGUAGAUUACGUGUACGUGGUUCGUGGUGCAUGUGCCUUCACUCCACCUUCAAGUGUCCUUUCGAGUGGGUAGGGCUGUUUUUUUUUUUAAUUAAUUUAAUUUCCUUUUUUUGGUGGAGCCACUGUGUAGCGUCUCCGUGAAACAAUCACGCGGGCGGACGGCUUAAUACAGCUCACGCACGCAAACUGUCCACACAGACAGACAGACAGCCGGGGGCAGCUAUGACUAGAGAUAACAGCGAACCGAGCGGAAGAUGCAAAACGGUUGCACACUCAUACGCGAAACAAACAAAAAAAAAUCAAACUUUGGUCCUAUUUUAUUCCAUCCAUUAAUCACGAGAAGACGAAUAAAAAUGGAAGUGGAGGAGGCGGUUAAGCUAUUUACUUUUUACAUUAUAAAACUCGGUAAAUCAAA